GUGUCUGGUUAGGGUUUUCUUCUUCACCUAGUCGCCGGGAAAAUCUCUAGUGUGGGUUAAGAAGGAGCUCAGUUUCGGAGAUGAGUAAGCUUCAGAGUGAUGCUCUCAGAGAAGCCAUCUCAACCAUCAAGGCUGCGUCCACUGAGAAGAAGCGUAAUUUCACCGAGACAAUUGAACUCCAAAUUGGAUUGAAGAACUAUGACCCUCAGAAAGACAAGCGUUUCAGUGGUUCUGUCAAGUUGCCUCACAUUCCCAGACCCAAAAUGAAGAUAUGCAUGCUUGGAGAUGCCCAACAUGUUGAAGAGGCAGAGAAGAUUGGUCUGGAUUACAUGGAUGUGGAAGGGCUGAAGAAGCUUAACAAGAACAAGAAACUUGUUAAGAAACUUGCCAAGAAGUACCAUGCCUUUUUGGCAUCUGAGUCAGUCAUCAAGCAAAUUCCCCGUCUCCUUGGACCGGGUCUCAACAAAGCAGGAAAGUUCCCAACACUUGUUACCCACCAAGAAUCCCUUGAGUCUAAGGUGAAUGAAACCAAGGCAACAGUUAAGUUCCAAUUGAAGAAGGUACUUUGCAUGGGAGUUGCUGUUGGGAAUGUUGGAAUGGAGGAGAAGCAAAUUUUCCAGAACGUGCAAAUGAGUGUCAACUUUCUGGUUUCAUUGCUGAAGAAAAAUUGGCAAAAUGUGAGGUGCCUGUACUUGAAGAGUACCAUGGGGACUCCUAAUCGCGUUUUCUAGAUGGCUUUAUGAAUUUUAGGGGUGAACUUGCGUGUUGUGGGGAUAAUUAUCGUGUUCCAUUUUGUUUUGUGGGAUGUUCAUGUUAUAAGUGAUAAGACUGCUCAAAGUUUUGUUAGACUGAUGAGAUAGUCUG